GCCAGCGACCGACUCGUCCGUUAGAUACCCACCGGGCGGCCACCCACACGCACGCGGCGCCUCUUCUUUCAUAACACGCCACGGAACGGAAGCUUCCGCCUCCGAUUCCACCACCACCACCACCACCACCGCCGAGCACGAGGAGGGGGAAGGUUUGGGCCGGGCGGCGGCGGGGGUUGGAGAUCGAGGAGAGUCGCGUCGCGUAGCUGAUCCGAGCCGAGAGGUGCCCAGGAGGCGCGGUGAGAUGAGGCGGCCGCACGCGUGGUGCGACGGAUCUACUAGCCCGGCCGCCUUCCUCCUUGCCGCCGCGGCGAUCUGCGGCCAGUUCGCGACAGGACUAGCUGGUGAUACCCAAACAUCCAAGGAUGAUAAGAAAGCCCAGUCGAAAGGUCAUACUGGGCGGACAGUUUUGAUUGUCCUCCUAGGAAUUGGGGCAGUCGUCCUGUUGUCAUUUUUCCUUUUCAAGUAUUGGCAGAAGAAGAAAAGAGAGGAACAGCACGCACGUCUUCUAAAGCUGUUUGAAGAGGAUGAUGACAUUGAGGUUGAGCUUGGUCUUAGAGAUUGAAGGUCUUCAUUGUACAGCAAGAGUAUCUUGGCUGACAAGGUUUUCCUGGCUGGUCCUCACAGCAUUUUCAUGUUAUUGUAAAGAAUUUGUUGUAUUUAAACUCAACAGGCCUCCUUAGAAAGAUCUACUGUAUUUUAGUUUUUGGUGAGUGGCAUCCACGAUGAAUGAAAACAUGGGCUUUAGCUUUGAGGAUGAAAUGUGGAGGUCUGGAAAACAUUAUUUUCUGUUUUUAAAAAGGAAUUGAGAAUAUAAAACAUUGCUACAGCAGAAACCGACUCAAUGAUUGUUCUUCUAUGACA